AUGUCGACGCCCGCUGAUAUUCAGGGCGUAAUGCAAGACUUGCUCCUUCAUGGGCAAUUCUACGAUAUGGAAAUAAUUUGUCAAGGGAUCACUUUCAAAGUCCACCGGGCUAUUGUUUGCACCCAGUCAAAGUAUUUCAAUAGCGCAAUUUGUGAUGGCUUCAAGGAAUCCACUGAAAGAUCUAUCAGAAUCCAGGAAGACACCCCAGAGACAAUUGAACGGGUUCUUUCCUAUCUCUAUCUUAGGGAAUAUGACGAUAGGGGUACAAUCCAAUGCCAAACCAUUUCUGAGCCCGCCCCAAGCAGUCCAGGGGAUAAAACGAACGACACAGAAUCUACAAAGAACAUUGCUCUUAACAACAUGAGAGUGUUCAUCACGGCUGACAAAUUUGGAAUCGAUUCAUUGCAGUCGUUGGCGACCCAAAAGUUCUCUCAAUGGGCAACUAAAAACUGGAACUCUCCGGUAUUUCCCGAGGUCAUCCAGGAAGUCAUGGCGUCAGUCCCUUCAUACAAAUCGAGUCUCCAGGAGAUUAUCGUCGACAUUAUCGGUACGCACGUUUUUGAUCUCAUCGAGAACCCGGGGAUCAUUGAGGUCUUGAAUUCUUUCGGGUGCCUUGGAUCACAGGUCAUCGCCAGAUCAAUCCGGAAUGGGCAGUUGAGACAUCCUAAUGAGGAUAACAUCUUCAAGGAAUUUACUCAGAAAAUCAACUCCUGCCGCAGCUGUCGACAAUGUGCAAGGCCGUUCAAUGUAAGAAUAGAAAGGGGGGAAUAUCUCAUCUGCAUUUUCCGUUGUUCUAUUUGCAAUACACGACAUUAA